AUGGCGUGGUACUGUUCUGGUUCAACCAACAGCGAACUGGUUGAGAACCUCUACAGGACCGGUCUUAUAAAAAGUGAGAGGGUGAGAGAUGCCAUGAAAGGCGUUGACCGGGCCCACUAUGCGCCGUCAAGGCCGUACUCAGAUUCACCGCAGCCAAUUGGACACGCCGCGACGAUCUCUGCACCGCAUAUGCACGGCCAUGCAUGUGAAUAUCUUAUCGACUUUCUCAAGCCCGGCUCGCAUGUCUUGGACAUCGGCUCCGGUUCAGGCUACUUGACCCAUGUCCUUGCCAACCUUGUCACUGAUCCAUCGGCUGCAAAUCAAGCAAACGGCCAAGUUAUUGGUAUCGACCACAUACCAGAGCUUGUCAAAUUGGCCUGCGAGAAUAUGAGCAAGUCAGAGCAGGGCCGUAAGUACCUCAAGUCCGAAAGAGUGAAGUUCAUUGCUUCCGAUGGGCGGCUGGGAUGGUCCCAAGGGGCGCCGUAUGACGCCAUCCAUGUCGGCGCGGCUGCUGAACGGCUACAUCCUGUAUUGAUUGAGCAGCUUCGCACCCCCGGGCGGUUGUUCAUCCCCGUGGACAUGGGCAGUGACGAUGGAGAAGCAGGAAGUCUUGGGCCAAGCGGCGGACAGUACAUAUGGGUUGUCGACAAGAAGGCAGACGGGUCCGUCAGCAAAGAGAAAAUCUUCCAAGUCAGCUAUGUUCCCCUGACAGACCGCCCGAAGAAAUGA